UGAUUUUUUAAAACCUCAUUUAUUAAAUGCAAAAAUGAAAAAAAUUUUCGUAAUUUUCUUCGUUGGUUUGUCUAGCGUACCAUUUUUGGGAAAUGCCUUGUCGCACGAUGAAAAGGCGCAGAAAAUAUCUCAUUCUUAUGACGCGUUGAAAAGCGUUGUUGAAAGCUUGAUAAGUGUGGAUAGUGAACUUCAAAAAACACUUUCAGGUGCCGAUGACGAUAUCUCAACUUUGACUGACUCAAAAACACGAAAUGAAUUUGAAGUACGUGUAAUGAACGUGGAAGAUGCAAAGAUGCGCGCUGAGGCUUCUAAAAGAACUCUUACUGCUGAAGAAAUUCAGGAUGCCUCGUCCAGACGCGAAGCAAUUGAUACCGCCAAUCAACUUGUUGAAGAUCUUGGCGUAAAAAUUGAAGAAGUCAAAAAAAAGAUGUUGCAUGUACAUGAUAUAACAGAAGGAUUUACUUUAAAUGAUAAAUAUUUACAGAAUCUUCAAGAACAAGCCAAUGAAGGUAGCGAUCUUCAUGACGACAUUGUUUUACCUAAAACUAGUGAGAUCAAAGCUAAUGUUGAUAAAGAGAUUUCAAAUAUGCAAGAAGUUAUUGAAACAGUUGCUGAUGGAAAUAUGAGAUCAAAAGCUAAUGAUUUGAAAGAUAACAUCAAAAAACGAUUUCAUAUCCUUCUUGAUAAUGAAUCACAGCAAACAAAGAAUAAAAGAAUGCAAACAGCAAAAGAAAUCGAUGUCAUGCUUCUACAAUUUAAAGAUCUCGAUAUUUAUGGUGCUUCUUCAAGAAUGGAGUUGUGAAUGAUACAAAAAAUAAACUUGACUUAAAUUCAAACACAAGAAGUGUUGUAGAAUGACCCAGAAUCAUGAACUAAAUUUACCAGCAACAUAAAUGAUAUUUCAUUUAAUUAUUUCUUCUAUUUUCAUUAGUGUCCAGCACGUAUUGAUUGUACAUAAAGAAAAUAUCCAAUGCCAAUUAUUAAUAUUCCCGAUGGUCCCAUAAAUAUAAUAACUAAAAGAGCA